AUGUCCAAAACCUCGUCGGAGGAGUACCCCGUGGAUUGCGCGUCGGAGAAUGAGCAGUCGGAGCCGGAGGUAGAGGAGGACCUUCCGCAGCAGACGGCGGCGGUGAAUGCCGACGAGGAAGACGCCUACGAGGAGAACGUGAACGAUGAGUGCCCGAGCGAGGAAGAGAAGGAGUCGGGUACGAUGCCGGCUACUCCGGCUGCGCCUGCAGCGGAGACGGGCUGGCGCGCGUCCGCCAGCUAUGCUGACUAUAUGGCGGCGAAGGAAGAGCUGCAGGCGGCGCGCGCCGCACACGAGCGGCACGUGCGCGAGAUCACUUGUGGCACGAUGUUGAACGGAGACAUAAACUCCCUGAUGUCUGUGGAAGAGCUGACCGCAGAGCGUGUGCGCCUCGCGGAGCUCGUGCGCCAUCACAAGGACGAGCAGGACUCGCUCGCCCUCGACAUUGAGGGGUUGACAGGCGCCGGGGAUGUGUACCAACUGGCGGCCCGUGUGCAGCGACUGGAGCACUUCGUCAAGUGUGCAAGUCAGUACGUCAACGACACUCUGCCGCAGACGAUCGAGACGAUGGUGAAGGAAGACCGUCGCCAAUCCAACCAGGAGCUGUGCGACUACAUCCAGGAUCUCCAGGAGAAGCGCGCAGACAUGCUCAAGAAGAUUGCCGCCUCGCAGGAAAUCAUGAACAAGAGGAAGCAACGCCAGAAGGCUCAUGUGGUGGCCGCCGUUAAGCAGAAGGACGAAGACCCAAUGACCGCCAAGGCGGAGGAACACACCCAUGAGAACAAGGAAGAGUACGUUGCACUGCAGCAGAAGAUCCGCAAGCUCUGCUCUAUGAGGACAAAGCUGCAAAGCGACAUCAUGAAGGAAAAGAAGUCGAGCAAAAAAAUGGAGGAGAGGAUGCUCGCCCGCAUUCGCAACCUCGAGCUGGACAAUGCCCGUGAUGCCCGCAUGUGCAAGGAGCUGAACAACCGCAACGCCGCCUUCACGACAAACUCGCAACUGCUCAUAGACCAGCUUAACGUCGAGCACUACGGCAUCGGCAACGCGCCGACGACGAAGAAGCUGAUGGAGGAGCGCAAGCAGCGCGAGGCCCUGCUGGAGUGGUCACCGCCAGAUCAGCCGAACUGGAACGAUGUAUCCGGCAACUCCGCCGAAUCCCAUCAGUCGAACACGAACUCGGGGGGCUCUCCGCAGCGUGCCGCCAAGCCGCCGCUGGUGGCAAUGAAAAUGACAAAGUCGCAGCGCGCACGUGAUGACGCGGUGCGUAUGGAGCGCGAGGAGUACUCGCAGUCGCGGCGCCGCAGCAGUGAUGCGGCCAGCUAUCAGUCGUCUCGCCAUUCCAUCUCUAGGCCGCCGCUGGCUGCCUGGAAGCGGACAGCGUCGCAGCAGAGUCGCGAAAGGGCCAUUCGCGAGAGCCGCAGGGAUGCCUCUGUGUCCCGCACUUUUGCGAGCAGCAACUCCGAGGCCUCCGAUGCCUCUCCGGGAUCAGCUUCGGGUAGGAUCGCCAAUUUACAGAGUAACAAUGGGUGGAAGUAG